CGAGUCAGCGCCGCGGGGCGGGCCGGGGGGAGCCGAGCCGAGCCCUGCCGAGCCGAGCGGGCGGCAUGCUGCCUCCCUGCCAGGGCGGGCCGCCGCCGCCUGCCGGCGCCCCCCCGGUGUAAGGAGCAGCGGGGAGGGGGCGCGGCGGCGACGACUGCCACCCUUGGCCCGGCCCUGCACCCCGGCUCCCGGGCAUCCCGCUCUCCCGGGUAGGUCCCGCGUCGCCCGGACGCGAUCGUGCUGCUCCCCGUCGGGUGCUACCGGGCCGGGUGCCGCCGAGCCCUGCGCGCUCCCGCAGGUGCGCUCCCGCCCCCGCGGGAGAGGGAGAGGAGGCGGCCUCCCCUUCCCGGUACCGAGUCCUCGCUGGAGCUGAGCCCUCCGGCCUCCUCUUCCAGCCACGAGGCUCGAGGCAAAAAUAGAUGAUGCUUACGGGAAGCAGAAACCUCUUGGCGCUUCUGAGUGGCAUCUCCUAGAAGCCCGAAGGUUUGCAAAGACAUAAUACUUACAGAGGGUAAGAUCUGGGACAUGCUCAGAUGUGUACAAGUAUUUUUAUCCAAGAAGAAAUAAACAUCAGUUUUAGCUCUGGGGAGCUUUCUAAAACUCCUGCCCUUUUAAAACUCCAGGCUUCACAAAUACUGUAGAGCAUUAGACUGAGAGGAAGAACUGAUCACUUGACUGGUAAAUCCCAAUGUUUGAUUCUUUGUUAAUACAUGUUGUUCACUGGAAAACUGUUUAAAUCCUGCAUCCAGAUGUUGCCCUGGCUGAAGGAGCUGAAAAGACAGUGAAGCCUUGAAUUUAGGAAAUGCACAGGAGCAACAGAUGUUUGACAUGUCUCUCCUUUGCUCCCAUCUUUUCUGCCAGAAGAAAAUUAUCAAGUGUUGUAGAACACUUAACGUACCUGUGACUGUCUCCCAAGCAGGGUCUGUUUUCCCCCACCCAAGAGGGGAAGAAUAAGGCAGAGCAGUCAUUGCUACAUACAGCAGUUACAGAGCUCACAGCAAGGCAUCACUGAGGCAAAGACUCGUCAGAUCAGUGUGAAAAUACCCUUGGAUCGUGGAUGGUGUGUACAUAAAAGAGCUCAAGGCCAUGUGCUGAAGGACUGGGUGGUGACACGGCGUGUGAGCUAGAGUUGGUGCCACCUGGGGUACGUGCGGUGACAGUUGGGCCCUUUCUUAAUAGAGUUCUUGAUAAAUGGACAUUGACAUGGACUACGAAAGACCCAACGUUGAAACUAUCAAGUGUGUGGUGGUUGGAGAUAAUGCAGUGGGGAAGACUCGUCUAAUUUGUGCAAGAGCAUGCAAUACAACCUUGACUCAGUAUCAGCUGCUGGCAACUCACGUACCAACUGUCUGGGCCAUUGAUCAGUACCGUGUCUGCCAAGAGGUCCUUGAACGCUCACGAGAUGUUGUGGAUGAAGUGAGUGUUUCUCUCAGGCUGUGGGAUACAUUUGGGGACCACCACAAAGACAGGCGCUUUGCUUAUGGAAGGUCUGAUGUAGUUGUUCUGUGCUUUUCAAUUGCUAAUCCUAAUUCCCUGAAUCAUGUGAAAACGAUGUGGUAUCAAGAAAUCAAACAUUUCUGUCCUCGCACACCUGUCAUUCUGGUGGGCUGCCAACUAGAUCUCCGCUAUGCAGAUCUUGAGGCUGUUAACAGAGCCAGACGGCCUUUGGCAAGGCCGAUCAAAAGAGGAGACAUUUUGCCACCAGAAAGAGGCAGAGAGGUUGCCAAGGAGCUUGGGAUACCAUAUUAUGAAACCAGUGUAUUUGACCAAUUUGGAAUUAAAGAUGUGUUUGACAAUGCAAUUAGAGCUGCCCUGAUCUCCAGAAGACACCUGCAGUUCUGGAAAUCUCAUUUGAAGAAGGUCCAAAAACCUUUGCUUCAGGCUCCAUUCCUACCUCCAAAAGCCCCUCCUCCAGUUAUCAAAAUUCCCGAAUGUCCUGUACUGAACAUGAACGAAGCUGGAUAUUUAUUGGAAAGCCCACUGUGCGCAGAUGUUAUGUUUGUUCUCCAGGAGCAGGACUACAUUUUUGCUCACAAGAUUUACCUAGCUACCUCCUCUUCAAAGUUUUAUGACCUUUUCUUAAUGGAAUGUGAGGGAAGUCCAGACUUGGAUGAAACACAGUGUAAAAAAGAAAAUACGAGUAAGGAUGUUUUGACAAGUCACCUUGAGACAAAUUAUGACAGUGAGGAGACAUCCUUGAAAUCUGCUGAUGUUAUUAAAAUUCCUGCACCAGAAAGUACUGACUCUUUAAACACGCUUGAACCCAAACCUGGUGAAACAAAUUCUGCAGCAAGAUCUCUGUCAUCCUGGGGAAAGGGGUUUGUUAGUAUGCAUAAGGAAAUGCAAGUGAAUCCUGUCUCGAAUAGGAUGUGUCCUGUAACUGUGGUAAGAAUGGAUUCAUCUGUGCAGGCUGGACCUUUUAGAACUGUUCUGCAGUUUUUAUACACAGGGCAACUGGAUGAGAAUGAAAAAGAUCUCACAAGACUAGCUCAGAUUGCUGAGAUCUUGGAAGUAUUUGAUUUGCGAAUGAUGGUGGAAAAUAUUAUGAAUAAAGAAGCCUUCAUGAAUCAAGAGAUUACUAAAGCAUUUCAUGUCAGAAAAGCUAAUCGGAUAAAAGAGUGCCUUUGCAAAGGGACAUUUUCUGAUGUGACAUUUAAAUUGGAUGACGGGACCAUAAAUGCCCACAAGCCACUACUGAUCUGUAGCUGUGAAUGGAUGUCUGCUAUGUUUGGAGGAUCGUUUAUUGAAAGCUUGAACAGUGAGGUAGUUCUGCCCAACAUAAAUAAGACUUCCAUGCAAGCAGUUUUAGAUUACUUAUACACCAAACAGUUGUCCUCCAGUCAGGAACUGGACACACUUGAAUUAAUUGCAUUGGCAAAUAGGUUUUGCCUUCCUCAUCUGGUUGCAUUAGCAGAACAGCAUGCUGUACAAGAGCUGACAAAAGCCUCAGUGAGUGGCAUUGCAAUAGAUGGAGAGGUACUGUCCUAUUUGGAAUUGGCUCAGUUUCACAAUGCUAACCAGCUGGCAGCAUGGUGCUUGCACUACAUCUGCACCAAUUACAACAGUGUUUGCUCCAAAUUCCGCAAGGAAAUCAAAGCUAAAUCUUCAGAUAAUCAAGAAUAUUUUGAGAGGCAUCGCUGGCCACCUGUGUGGUAUUUAAAGGAAGAAGAUCACUACCAGCGAGUUAAGAAAGAAAGAGAAAAGGAAGAUGUUGCACUGAAUAAACACCAUUCAAAGCGGAAGUGGUGCUUCUGGAAUUCCUCUGCUGUAGUUGCCUGAACAAAGCACAUAACUGGAAAUCCAUAGCCAGUGUCCGAAGUUAGUCUUAUUGUUAGAAAUAAGAUAUAGUUCAGGUUUUCAGGAAACUCUGUUCCACGUGUGCAUUUAUUAUUGCUAGGGUCAAAAGCACAAGCUCACUGAAAGUGAGCCUGGAACAGCUCCUCAAAGUGAUAUGUAUAUUUUUGGUUAGGAAGCAGAUAAGUCUACCAUUAUUACAUUUCUUUUUAUACCAAAAAAAAAAAAUCCAGCAUUAAUGUUUCAAUCUCCAAUUGGGAAAUAUUUUUAUACUGUCUAGUGUAUUUUGUUCAGAAAAAAAUCUGGAUAUCAUUUUAUUUUACAAACCACAAAAUAACCAUGUAGCAGCUUUGUAUUAGAUUUUAACUAUUUUUACUAUGCGAGUACAGUGAAAUAGACAAUCCUCAGUCAUAAGAGACAGCUUUUAGCGUAUCUCAUAAAAAGUCAUUUUAGGAAAAAAAAAUCUAGCUGCCUAGUAUAAAUUUUGUUUUUUAAAGUACUGUGCAUUGGUGAUAUAAUUAGGUGAUUAUUUUUCCUUUCUAAAGUAAAAGGUUAGAAUAAGAUCCAGUAACUGCAAGUUAUAGAGCGCUUGAUCUUUGCUUAGCUGAAUAAUAGGUAGUAUAAUUACCCGUUCAACUGCAGGCAAAUGUAUUUCUAAUAUUUGCCAUGUAAGUGCAAAUAAUUAUGAAGUUGUGGGCCAUGUGAAAUCUAGUGAUUCUAAGUAUUCAGAAGUUUUAAAUGUCUAGAUCAAAGAGGAUAUUUCUAAAACCAUUUAGAAGGGCUUAUUAAUUUAUAUCCUUAUAUUAGUAUGGAUGUGAAUACAAAAAGCAGUUAUACUGCUUGCAUUUGAAUUACUGCAUGGCAGUUACCUUGUUCGGUGAAAUCUUAACCAUGCAGCCACUCCUCAUGCCGAAUUCCAUUUUGCUUCAGUGCAAGCAAAUGAAAGGGCUGCAAAACCGAGUAAGAGUUAUCUAGUGUUAUAGCCUUUUGUAAGUGAAGAAUGAUCUUCACACACCAUCACUUCAGUUUGAUCCAAAUUGUUUUGUAACUUUUCCCAGAUAGAAUUCAAAGUGUUAGAUUAUUUUUAAGUAGGUCAUAUAUUUCCUCUGGAAACAGGUAUUCCUAGAAAGCUGGGGCAGAAUGAUGGAAUUCCACGAGUGAUGCAAAAAAGAAAAGGCCUCCAGAGUUUUCAAAUACCUUAGGUGUUUAUGACUUUUUAUCAACCAUUGCUCUAGAGCUGCAGUAUUACACUAGAUUACAAAGGGAUGAGAGCAUUUUUAAAAGACCAAAACUAAAAUACAUAGACUGUAGGACAUACACAUGCAAUCCUGUACAGUGUCUCAGGCACAAUUCUGUAACCAAGGGUAGUAUUGUGUAGUAGGUCUGUUAAUAUUGUUUUGUGCUGGCAUCUCAGCAUACCACUGUGAAAAGCUGUUUUUGUUUUUUUCCUUCCUGUAUUCAAAGGCAAGGCAGUAUGGUCAAGCCCCUAUGCUGUAGGUCAGGAAAUGCUUUGAACCGAAAGCCAUAUACAUCUCUACCUAUUUGAGUUCUGACCAGAGUAAUUCUUGGCAGAUGCUACUGCAGGGUGGUAGAAGCUGCCCAGCAUGGAAAGAGAUGCUGCUCUACAGACUUUUAUAAGGCAAGCGACAGAUUCCUACCCUGAUAAAGAUUUGUCACCAUAUGGUGAUAAAGAAGGGCUAUAAGUGACGGUUGCAAAUACAGUCUCCUUAAUUCUUGGUCAGUGAAGAUGAAAAUUGUAGAGAAAAAAGACUGAGAAAAGAUGCAUCAAGACUAAGAUGAGAUAAGUAUUUGUUGUCAUGAAACAUUAACUAGUCACGUUUUAAGUAUUGCUACUAGGUUUUACACAACCAAAGCUACUGUAUGAUUGUAAUCUUGCCAAACUAAUGGAUGUAUAAAUGAACCUGAGGUAUAUGCAAUAAUAUCCAGUUGUGCUAGUUGUCAGCUACUAUAACCAAGUGGCUGGUUCAUUUGGUUAAUGCUGUCUAUGGCCUUUAAUCAUGGUGGUUAUUUUGUGUUUUUUAUUUUGCAAAAAAGUCAAUAAAAUGGUUUAGUUACAAA